CCUCAUUCAGUCAUUGAAGACAUUGAUACUUGAUCUCAGCCUCUCUGAGUCUCUGUCUCCAGAUCUGAAUAGUUGAUAUGAAAAAACCACCCUGGGUAGGCUGGUGCCAGGACGCCAGGUUGUCAGCGUCUUUCCAGCCUGGCCCUUACCUGCUUUAUUUGUUGAGUCAUAUGAUAAUGAUGGUAUGGUAUGAACUGACCAUUAACUUAAGCUGAAUACAGUUAUUACAGUAAUUUAUUUACUGACAUGUUACGUCAUAUUGUUGAUAAUAUAUCAGACCUUAUGUUAUGGUUACCAGUACCACUACCAGCAUGGCACAAUAGCAGCAUCAUCAUUUGAAUUUUGUAAAUGCAAGACAUUGAAUUUGAUCUUUGAAAUUUAAACACAAAAGGACUCAAGUUUGGCAAGUUGAAAGUUAUUAGCUUUUCAGAGUUCAAAUCAUGCCUGGGACACCUGGAAUGCAUGUUUGGAAUGUGGCUGAAUUGCUUCAAGGAAAGGAGCAAUUUGCCAUGCUCCUGCUGAAUCAUGCCAUUUCUAAGGAGAAUGCUACUUCCUUGCAAAAGUUGUGGUGCAAAGCUUGUGUCCGGGUUUCUGUGGAUGGUGGCACAAAUGAUUACUACAAGUACAUCCUUCACCACCCUGACAAGAACUGUUUGUCUAAUGGCGCCUCGAGUUCCAUGGCGUCUAUAAACAACAAUUCACAGCAUAAAAAAUUUAACUCAAUGUCCGGGGAUUCAAUCAAGCCAGAGAGUAUUGGUCCAAAGAGUUUCAAUUCACAGUCGCUUCAGUUCUUGCUUAAUCUGAAUCAGGACAAUUGUAAGACUACUAAUUCACCUGGUAAAAAUGAUUUGGUUUUUAAAAAUCUCUCUAAUAAUUCCUAUUCAAUACAGAUUGAAUCCACUAACCAAUGUAAUGGUAAGCUCUAUCCAUUUCUUCAUACUGGUAUACCACUCCCUGACUUUAUUUCUGGUGAUUUUGAUUCCGUGGACCCCAAGAUUCUCCAACAUUUCUCUCGCUUGGGCGUGAAUAUCAUUCCCACUCCUGAACAAGAUGAAACUGACUUCACCAAAGCCUUGAGGGAGCUGAAUAAAUAUCUAGAAUCUCGUCCUUCGAUUCAGGUUUCGAUUGUACUUGUAGCUGUUGAAAUCAGUGCCCUGCGUUUUGAUCACGUGUUUGGCAACAUCAACACACUGCACAAGGCACAAAAGUUGUUGCCAUCACUGCCCGUCAUCCUGCUGUCUGGGAGUUCAGUGCAUUUCCUGCUGUCGGCGGGGCAUCACGUCAUCUCUUCUCCUGGCUUCCCCAGCCCCGAAGACAACUGGUGUGCUUAUGUGCCUCUUUCUGGUCCAUCGGUUGUCUCGACCAAGGGUCUCAAGUGGGACGUAGAGAAUUGCGUGGUGCAGUUCGGAGGGCUGGUGAGCACAUCAAACCAGUUCGCCUCCCCCGACGGCAGCGCCCACAUCAGCACUGACAAACCGUUGCUCUUCAUCAUGGGCACACCAUUGGUUCUUGCUGAUAAUAAUUCCAUUCCUGCUGCUGAUAAUGCUUCUCGUGCUGCCGAUGCAGCCAUUCCUGCUACUGAUGAUGUUACUCUUGCUGCUGUUGAUGUUACUCCUACCGCAGAUGAUGUUACUCCUGCCGCCGAUAAUUUUACUUCUACUUCUGCUGAUUCUACUCCUACUAAAGAUUAUGCUCACCUUGAUAAGAUUCUCCCUGAUAUUGUUCAACAUGAGAGCCCUCGUCCGUCUGUUGUUCGUCCUGAUGAAUAACGCUUAGCCUGUACACAUGCUGCCCAUAAUGCCUUUGCAACAGCUGACGCUGAUUUUGCUGAUGUUAGUUUUGAUCUAAUUGAUACUGGAUAAGGUAACGGCUGCACUAAUGUUGAUUUAAUAUUGGGCAUGAUGAUUUCCAUGCUAAUGAUGGUCUAUCUAACACUGAGAAGCUGAUGUAAUGCUAAAGCAGUCUGAGGACCGUUUAAAAUAGGGUUGGAUUGAUAAUAAUUCUAAUCGGUCGCUAUCCACUGCUAAUACUGAUUAAACAAUAUCAACAGAAAGAAUCUAUAGAACAUUGAACUGACUUUUUGUUUUAAAUCCAUUGUUUAUUCAUGUACCAACAUUUCGUCUGGCUCAGUAGACGUUGGUCGUGACCGUUCGCUCGGUUCAUACUUGUGAUCUGAUCUCAUGUCGUUUAGUGUGAUAGAAAAUCAUUCUCUGUUUAAGUUUCUUGAAUAUUUUUAUCAUAAAAAAAUACUCAGUAGCAUUGGUGUCUCCUGUGCAAAGUGGUCAUAAAUUGUCAAGUACUUGAAUCUUUUUUUUUUAUAUUGAGAUAUGUUUUUUUUAAACACCGUUGAGGUGGUUUACAUUCUACUUUCCUGGUGUCAUCAAUUGUGUCUCAAUUAGAAAUUCCUUGGACUUUCAAUGUCUAUGGGAACAUCAUGAAAGUUUUACUGGAUAUUAAGCGUGUUUGUUGUCAUUAUAUAGUUUUAUGUAGAGCAUGGAUCCGUUUUCUAGGUGAUAGUUUGCCGUUUCAUCCGAUCAGUUUGCCUGAACUGCUUAUAAUGCAUUGAGAUUUCCGAUGGUAUUUUUUGUAUAGCUAUUUUUGUUGAUGACUUUAAUGGAACUCUUCCAAUUUGAA